AUGGCUCGUUUUAUUUAUGAAUGCAAUACUCAAUUGAGGAACAACAGUGAUGGAAAUUUGGCACCUAGACAGUGCAGUUCUGAUAAGUAUUGCAUAUUUUGUAAUGCGCAAUGUUGCUUAACAUUGCAAAGAAAGGCUCUUCGAUAUUUUUAUGAAACGUGGUACUUCUGGCUGGGUAUUGGCCUCCUUGUCGUUUUUAUAGUAUCUACCGUAAGUAGCUACGUAAUUAGCCACUGUAAGCACAACAUUUUGUCAGUUAUUUAUCGGCCCAGGACUAUCGAAAAUUCUCCGAAUGCAAGUCCGAAUAAUAGUAAUUCUAGCCCUCGAAAUGAGAUUGCUAUCAAUAUAAUUCCCCCGAUUCCUUCGCAUAGAAAGAUGUUGCUUGUUUCUCCACAAUCAAGUUGUGGCUAUAUGAAUUCUGUUCCUUCUUAUAUUCCUGUUUUAUAA